AUGGUUAUAUCUGUGCCACGUACCUCAGAAGGGAUUGUGGCCCAAGAAGAAGUCCAUGUGCGAGAAGGUACACCCCAAAGCAUCUGUGGCUGCGGCUUUGUGUUAUUCUUGGAAAGUUUCGCUCCACUUGUGAAUUCCUUGAACCUUGGCAUUGCAAGCCCAUUUCUGUUGGGCCCUCCUCCUUUACAGCUUGCACAAAUUAAGACACAGUUGGCUCUCCAGCAAUUGACCUCAGUUGCUACCAACAGUUCUGCACCACCUUAUGCUUGUUUAAAUCAGGCCUUUCUGAAAAGCACAAUGUUUAGCCCUAGAGGAACUUUACCUCCAAGGCCAAGAGGACCUAAUCCAUCUGGCACAAAGCCUCCGGGAUCCUUUAGGGGAGGAGGUACAGCAGGUCUUCAGAGAAAGCCUGCACCCGGAGCACCUCAAGGAACAUCACAAAGAUUUUCGGGACAGGAAACGUUUCGGUGGACAGGUUCACAGAGGAUAAACGUUCGGGUAACUCUGCACAGGCCCGAUCCGAGGCAGGUAAAGCAGAAGAUGAACCUACACCAGGAGCAGAAGGCAGAGCCUCGUACAAAUUGCUGGGAUAGUAGCCCGUGCUCAGCUGGGACAACUGGGCAAAAGCCACUUGCCUCGACACGGAUCUCGGAGCAGAAUUUGAAUGCCCAGAACCGCUACACACCAGAAAGCGCUUCCAGUAUUUUAGCAAGUUUUGGGCUGUCUAAUGAAGAUUUGGAGGAACUCAGUCGCUAUCCAGAUGAUCAGUUAACACCUGAAAACAUGCCACUGAUUUUGAGAGAAAUACGGAGUCGUAAGAUGAGUCAUUCUUUGCCGAGUUUACAUUCUCAGAGCAGAGCAGAAGAAACAAUUGGUGGUACGAGCGGUGCAGCAGUCAAGAGUAAAGUGAUCGAUUAUGGUCACGCGAGCAAAUACGGUUACACCGAAGAUCCUCUUGAAGUGCACACUUAUAAUCCCGAAGUGCUGUCUGAAGAGCCUCUCGAAGCACGUGUCUAUAAUCCUGAAGCAUCCAGUGGAGAGAACAGGGAAGACUUCCAACGAGAGCAGAACAUGUCAAUGGGCGUCCCACCAUCCGGCGUGACGUGUAAUCCGGUGUUUCCAGUUGAAGACUUAAUAAAACCGACGGGGUUCCAGAAUGAUUCAUCAAACACUCGAUCGUUUUUUCCAACUGAGUCGAUGGAAAAGGUGUCCGGAUUGUGUGCAGCACCGUCUGGCCUCCCCGUGGUGAAACCUGUGUCCCAGCCUGCAAUACCGCCUGUCAUGCCGCCUAUGAUGCCACCUAUGAUGCCACCCAUGGCACAGCCCAUGAUGCCGCCUGUCAUGCCGCCUCUCGUCCAGCAGCCUAUGACCCAGCACGUAAUGCCGCCGAUGGCCCAGCCUCCCUUUUCGGCUGGACUUCUUGCAGCUAUAAGCCAGCAUGAAAGAAUUCAGCGUGAAUCUGCGACGAGCCAGUCCAACGCCCAGAGCAGCUCAGGAGCUGGACAGAAGCCCUUCCAGACACAGUCUGAGGGGCCGAUUAAAUCUCCUUUUGGGAUCGUGAAAGCAUCGUGGCUUCCUGCCUUUCUCCAGUCUGAUGCCCAGAAGAUGAAGAGAAUGCCCACCCCGUCAAUGAUGAAUGACUACUAUGCUACAUCCCCAAGAAUAUUUCCACAUAUGUGUUCUCUGUGUAACAUUGAAUGCACUCAUAUGAAGGACUGGAUUCUUCAUCAGAACAAUCCUUCUCACAUUGAAAGCUGCCGCCAGUUACGUCAACAAUACCCUGACUGGAACCCUGAGUCUCAUUCCUCAAAGAGAAGUGCUGGUGACAGAAAAGAAAACCAGACCCCAAAGCGUCGUUCCAACUCUGCCAGUCCCAGUCCAAGACGUUCAAGGGUCACAGGCUCCAGCUAUGUUCCACGCCGGUCACGAUCACGAUCCAGGAGCCCUGGCCGCUUCAGGUCAAGGCCAAGAAGCCGAAGCCCACGGCAGAUGCGACGACUUAGCCCCAGACACAGGUCAAGGUCACCGCAUCGAUCAAGAAAUCCCCUGAGAACUAGUCCUCGACGUCAGAGGUCUUCUAGUAAUGACUGGUCAUCAAGGAGAUCAACCCGAUCUCAAGACAGAAGGGCAGCUCUGGAGGCAGUAGUGAAAAGUUUGGGACCUGGCUUUGUAGCAGAGUUCAAAAAACAUAAGUCACUUCAAGCAGCUGGGCAAGGAUCUUCGGGAUCGCGAAAAUCACCUCUCUCUCAUGGACUCUUAGGGAAGAUGCCUGGAAGUACGAAGAAGCCGCUGAAAACAAGUGCUUCUGCAAAGGCUUCGAAGAAAGAUGUGCCUUCAUUGCUUGGGUCAAGUUCUUCAUCUCCUGAAUCUGAUGAUUUACCCCAAAGCAAAGAAAUGGAAGAGGAUGAGGAAGACUUAGCCACAGGAACCAGUGGACCUCGUCCUACUCCUUAUAAUAGGCUGUUGAGAGAGGAAUUGCUGAGUUGUGGGACUGUCCUUCAAAUAUCCGAUUUACCGGAUGACGGCUUUUCAGAUCAAGACAUUAAAAAAAUUGUUCAGCCGUUUGGCAAAGUUAGUGAUCUCCUUGUACUUCGCUCUAGAAAUGAGGCCUUCUUGGAAAUGAACUACAAAGAAGCCGUGAUAGCAGCUGUGAAAUAUGGCGAGACUGUGCCAGUACUGGUAAAUGGGAAGCGUGUGAAAAUAAGUGUAGCAGAAAAGCCAAAAGCAUCUCCUGGGCAGUUAGUCCUAGUGCUUCCCGGUAAAAAACAAAAGACUAAGAAAUCAACGACAGGAGACAGUAAAAUCAAGAAGACUUCAAACACUGCAGCAAAACCAAUAGAUGAAGACCUUCAGAUCUUGACAGAAGCUGAAAUGGAAGUCAAGGAAACUAAGCUGCCAGACCCAAAGAACAUCACAGAAGGAGACAGAGUUACAGAGCCUGUGAAGACUGAGACUCAGUCCCAAGGAGUGACCAACCCUGCACCUGUACUAGAGCAACUUGCACAGACAUCUGAGGUGGCGGCGUCGGACUUGAAUGAGUUUAAUGAAGCUUUAAUUGAUCAAGAAGCUACGAUAAUGACUACGAAGAGUGAAGAAUCGACAGAACCAGCUAACAAGGAACUUGAUGAUAUAUGUGUCGUUCUUAUUUCGAACCUGCCUGAGAAGGGUUUUUCUGCUGAGGAGAUUUCCAACCUGGCAAAGCCGUUUGGAGGACUGAGCGAUGUGCUCAUUUUAUCAUCGCAUAAGAAGGCAUACAUAGAAAUAAAUAGAAAAUCUGCGGAUUCUAUGGUGAAGUUUUACACCUGCUUUCCAAUAUCACUUGAUGGAAAUCAGCUCUGCAUCAACAUGGUGCCUCAGUGUAAGACUAUAAAAGAUGAAGAAGCAAUAUUUACUGCUAUAAUUAAAGAUUCUGACCCCAAGGUAAAUACUGAAACUAUCCGUAAUCAGUUUGUGCAUCUUGGGAACUUGCCGGAUGAUGGAUACAGGGAACUUGAAGCAGUUUGUGUUGGACUUCGAUUUGGAAAAGUAGAUCAUUAUGUUGUACUGAAGAAUAAAAACAAGGCAAUUCUGCAGCUGGAUAGUGCCAAGUCAGCCAAAUCAAUGUACACCUUCCUGCAGCAGUAUCCAUAUAACAUGGGUGAGCACACGUUGACCUGUACAUUGUCACCCAACGGAGAGUCUGCUGAG